CUUGUUGUAAUUUAUAAGCAACGAUAAUUUAUUUAAAAUGUUGUUAAUAAAUAUAAUUCUCGCUCUAUUUGUUCAACUAAACUUUGCUGAAGAUAUUCUGGUCACAACUCCGCUGGGGACACUCAGAGGAAGAAAGGAAUACUCCUUGAGAAAAAAUGUAUCGUUUUAUUCAUUUUUGGAAAUUCCAUUCGCCAAACCACCAUUGGGCGAAUUGAGAUUCAAGGAACCCGAACCGUCCGGUCCAUGGGAAGGAAUAUUCGACGCUACAACUCUCGGACAAAAAGUUUGCCUGCAAAUCGCCACCUGGGGGAACUUUUCCGGACAAACCGAAGAUUGCCUGUAUUUGAACGUUUAUACACCAAAGUUCCCAUCCAAAAAUGCUUCAUAUCCAGUGUUAUUCUAUAUAUACGGAGGGGGAUUCAACUCCGGUUAUUCCGGUUUCUGGUCGGCCGGACCGCACUACAUCAUGGAAAGCGAAGUCGUCGUGGUGACGGCCACUUACAGGGUAGGUCCGUUCGGUUUUCUGUCAACAGGCGAUACUGUGAUACCGGGAAACUACGGUCUCAAAGACCAAAAUCUAGCGCUUCAGUGGGUCAGAGACAACAUUCAAUAUUUCGGCGGCAAUCCCGAGCAAGUGACUAUUAUGGGCGGCAGUGCCGGUGCUGCUUCUGUCACUUAUCACUACUUAAGUGAAAAAUCUAGAGGUUUAUUUAGAGGAGGUAUUGCCAACAGCGGCUCGCUAUUAUGCCCGUGGAGCUACCAAGAUCAAGCCAAAUUACUAGCAUACCAACUAGCCACUAAUAUCGAACCUAGCUUUAAUCAAAACGCUUCGACUGAAGAACUACUGGCGUUUCUGAGAAGCCGAACCGGCGAUGAGAUCGUUAAAGCUGCUCAAAAGAUUCCGGACACCGUAGGAAACGAGGAAAUCGUGCAAGGCUUUUUCUGGACUCCGGUUAUCGAACCCCAACAUAAAAAUGCUUUCAUUACCGAAGGGAUGUAUACGGCCGUGGAGCAAGGGCGGCUGGCUAAACUGCCCCUUUUGAUUGGGAUUAAUUCCGAGGAAGCUCUCUAUCGAAUUACAGAUAGUUAUUUGUUAUAUAACGUUAAAGGAUACGAUGCAAAUGUAUCAGCUUUGGUUACUAGAGAUAUGCACAUCAAUGAUCCAACUGUAUUGGAAGAAACUGGAACAGAAAUAAGGCGAAUUUACACCCAAGGCUUGUUACAAGAUAAUUUAGCAAACGCCAUUCGAUUUUAUAGUGAUACAUCGUUCACCAGACCCAUAAUCAGAACAGCGUUUUUACAAUCCAAAUACAGUCCAGUGUACUUCUAUCAAUUUUCCUACGAAGGCAAAUUAGGCGGUAGUUUACCGCCCCUUCCAGGAGCCGAUAGAGUUCAACAUUCGGCUGAAGGAAAUUACGUCUUUUGUUACGGCAAUUCAUCUAACCUCGACGCCUAUCCAGCGCUCGACGUCCUAACCAGCGAACGAUUCCGAACUUUGCUAAUAAAUUUCGUCAAAUACCAAAAUCCUACUCCGCAACAAAUCGAACUUCUGAAUAACGUCACUUGGCCGGCAUUCAAACCGAACGACUUCAAAUAUUUGAACAUAAAUACCACAUUAACCGUCGAAACCAACCCGAAAAACUCCACCUACCCCGAAUGGGUGAAACUUUUCGAUGAAAGAGCCGUCCCACCGCUCAUUACUUAUUAGAAUAUUUCUAUUGCAACUUUAUCAAGCGUAAAUUUAAUAAAAUUA